UCCCCUCUCUCACAGACAGCGCAGGGACACACGUGAUCCGCUGUCGCUGGCUCCUGACAGUCGCUGGUGAAGCUCAGCGGGGAAACAGAUUGCACCUUUUUCUCUCUCGAAUAAUACUGGAUUUUCCCCACUGCUUCCCUGUUUGCCCAAUACAUCUACUUUUUCAGAGGACAGAGGGGAGAUUAUUUCAGGUAAAGGAUCUUAAACGUUGAUUUUUUUCAUCACCAUUGAGGUUUUGGGGGUUUGGGAAGGCUGAAGAUCUCGCUUUUUUCUCCUCUAUCAGUGAUGCAGUGAUUCCAGUACAAAAAAAUCGGAGAGCUUCGCAGAGCAUCAUUAGUGAGGUAGAUGGGACAGAGGUCAGGAAAUGAUUUCGUAGAAGAAAUAAAAGUUUAGUCUUAGUGUAUUAGCUUUUUUAAACAAUUCAAUACAACAGUGUCACGUUAUUUUAGAAACAUUAAGACCAGUGUCGCUUGUUAAGGGAGGGUUUGGACUGAAGAGGAUUGUGUUGCACCCGUGUUCGCUAGCAGAUUGCUGGUCAUUAUGUUGAAACGGUUGUAAGCGCUGGGAUCGGACGGCGGCCUUGAGACACAGAGGGCCUGUCGGGCUGCGCUUGUCAAUCGCUGCAGAGCUGUUUGACAGUUUUGUGUUUUUCAGCACCGCCGGGGAGGAGACAGCGCGAGAAGCCGAAAGCAAUGACUCCCGUCGUCUGUUUCAGCACGAUAGCGUGAAUCUGAUGAAAGGAUCUGGCUAUCCAUCACCCAUCUCAAGCGUUUGCACUUUAAUUGGAUCAGAAAGGGAACUGCACAAUGUUCCAGAAUAGAAUAAAGGAACUGAUGGAUAUCUUCGUCAACAUACGUUGUUUUUAAGUAACUUGGAUUAUAAAAAAGGGGAGAAAGGUGCGAAAGAAGAGGCAGAAGCCACUCGAUUUCAAAACAGUAUUUGGUUGAUGCGUGACUUCGUUCGGCAGUUAUAGCGUGGGAAAUGAUCUCGAGCGGCGAUAUAUUCUGCCCUCGGAGUCUGGCCUGCUCGUAGACUGCAGUCUGCAGGUAUGCCAAGAAAGGUUUUUAUUCAGAAGGUUUAUAAUGCCUCAGUGCAAAUUAAUCAUUUUUAGUAGCCAGCCAGUAUACUACAGGGAAUACAGUUAUAUGUUGAAUUAGUUUAGGCCUAUAAGUCUUGGACUUAAUUUUUUUUUUCUCAGAGGCCAAUUACAAAAACCAACUUUUUUUUACAACAUGGUGCUUGCAAUGAGGCACGGUGCCCAUUUAAUCUGGGUAGGCCUGUUCGUGUGCUGUAUGUUGGACCUUGGUGCCAGCUUGGAGUUCACGGGUGCAGAGGGACAAUGGGCGAGGUUUCCUAUGUGGAAUGCGUGUUGUGAGAGCGAAAUGAGCUUCAACAUGAAAACGAAGAGCUCCCACGGACUCCUAGUGUACUUCGAUGAUGAGGGCUUCUGCGACUUCCUUGAGUUGCUAAUACACAAUGGCAGACUUAGCCUCCGGUUCUCAAUAUUCUGCGCCGAUCCCGCCACAGUGCUGUCGGACACAGCAGUCAACGACAGCCAGUGGCACGCGGUCACAAUAAGGAGGAACUUCAAAACCACCACAUUAAUUGUGGACAAAGAGAUAAAAUGGGUGGAGGUGAAGUCAAAAAGACGGGACAUGACAGUAUUCAGCCAUUUAUUUUUAGGGGGGGUACCGCCGGAACUACUGUCUGCAACACUGAGGCUUACAUCGGCGGCUGUGAAGGACCAAGUUCCCUUUACAGGAUGGAUAACCGACCUGAAAGUAAACAAUUCGGAACCUGCGCUUAUUGACAGCGAAGGAGUCAAAGAUGAUGUCUGUGGCUCAGACAAUAUGUGUUUAAAUGGAGGAGUCUGCAGCGUUAUCAACGACGAACCGACCUGCGACUGCUCACAGACUGGGUAUCAGGGAAAGGACUGCAGUGAAGAAGACAAGUAUGUUCAAGGUCUUGCGCACCUGAUGAUGGGCGACCAAGGCGCGCACCCCCGCAUUGCUUCAGCCACCGGAAAAGAAGAAUACGUCGCCACCUUCAAAGGAUCGGAAUACUUCUGCUACGACCUGUCCUUGAACCCGAUCCAGAGCAGCAGCGAUGAAAUCACGCUCUCGUUCAAAACGCAGCAGAGAAACGGCCUGAUGCUGCACACGGGGAAAUCGGCCGACUACGUCAACCUGGCGCUGAAAAACGGGGCGGUGUCUCUCGUCAUUAAUCUGGGGUCCGGGGCCUUCGAAGCUCUGGUGGAGCCGGUCAAUGGGAAGUUUAAUGACAAUGAUUGGCAUGAUGUCAAAGUUACCAGGAAUCUCCGUCAGCACUCAGGCAUUGGACACGCUAUGGUAACAAUAUCUGUGGAUGGAAUUCUGACCACCACGGGAUAUACACAAGAGGACUACACCAUGCUAGGUUCUGAUGACUUUUUCUAUGUCGGGGGCAGUCCUAGCACGGCCGACUUGCCAGGAUCGCCCGUUAGCAACAACUUUAUGGGUUGCCUAAAAGAGGUAGUGUAUAAAAACAACGAUGUCAGGUUGGAGCUGUCCCGAUUAGCCAAGCAAGGAGACGUGAAGAUGAAGGUCCACGGCAUGGUGGCCUUCAAGUGCGAGAACGUGGCCACCCUGGAGCCCAUCGCCUUUGAGACGCCCGAGUCCUACAUCACGCUCAGCAAGUGGAACGCCAAGAAGACGGGCUCCAUCUCCUUCGACUUCCGCACCUCCGAGCCCAACGGCCUGCUCCUCUUCAGCCACGGCAAGCCCAAGCAGCCGCAGAAGGACGCCAAGGGCCCGCAGACGCUCAAGGUGGACUUCUUCGCCAUCGAGAUGCUGGACGGCCACCUCUACCUGCUGCUGGACAUGGGCUCGGGCACCACCAAGACCCGGGCCGUCAACAAGAAGGUCAACGACGGGGAGUGGUACCACGUGGACUUCCAGAGGGACGGGAGAUCAGGUACCAUCUCUAUCAACACCAUCCGCACGGCCUACACGGCCCCGGGCGAGAGCGAGAUCCUGGACCUGGACGACAGCCUGUACCUGGGGGGGCUCCCGGAGAACCGGGCGGGGCUGGUCUUCCCCACGGAGGUGUGGACGGCGCUGCUCAACUACGGCUACGUGGGCUGCAUCCGCGACCUCUUCAUCGACGGCCAGAGCAAGGACGUGCGCCGCAUCGCCGAGGCGCAGAAGGCGGCCGGCGUCAAGCCCUCCUGCACCAAGGAGGCGCCCAAGCAGUGCCUGAGCAACCCGUGCCAAAACAACGGCGUGUGCCGCGAGGGGUGGAGCCGCUACGUCUGCGACUGCUCCGGGACCGGCUACCUGGGCCGCUCCUGCGAGAGAGAUGCCACCAUUCUGAGCUACGACGGCAGCAAGUUCAUGAAGAUCCACCUGCCGGUGGUGAUGCACACGGAGGCUGAGGACGUGUCCCUGCGCUUCCGGUCCCAACGGGCCUUCGGCGUGCUGAUGGCCACCACGUCCCGGGACUCCGCCGACACCCUGCGCCUUGAGCUGGACGCCGGGCGCGUCCGGCUCACUGUCAACCUAGACUGUAUCAGGACUAACUGUUCCUCCAGCAAGGGUCCGGAGACAAUAUUUGCUGGCCAUAAUCUGAACGAUAACGAGUGGCACACGGUCCGAGUGGUCAGGAGGGGGAAGAAUUUGAAGCUGACCGUGGACGAUAUGCAGCCUGUGGAAGGUCAAAUGGCGGGCGACCACACCCAGCUGGAGUUCCACAACAUCGAGACGGGCAUCGUGACGGAGAAGCGCUUCAUGGCGGUGGUGCCGUCCAACUUCAUCGGCCACCUCCAGAGCCUGUCCUUCAACGGCAUGGCCUACAUCGACCUCUGCAAGAACGGCGACAUCGACUACUGCGAGCUCAACGCCAUGAUCGGCUUCAAGAACAUCAUCGCCGACCCCGUGACCUUCAAGUCUCGCACCAGCUACGUGGCUCUCAACACCCUGCAGGCCUACUACUCCAUGCACCUGUUCUUCCAGUUCAAAACCACGUCCUCCGACGGCCUCAUCCUCUACAACAGCGGGGACGGCAACGACUUCAUCGUGGUGGAGCUAGUCAAAGGAUAUCUGCACUAUGUCUCUGACCUGGGGAAUGGGGCGCACCUGAUCAAGGGGAACUCCAACAAGCCCCUGAACGACAACCACUGGCACAACGUCAUGAUCUCCCGGGACACCAAUAACCUCCACACGGUCAAGAUCGACACCAAGAUCACCACCCAGACCACUGUGGGCGCCAAGAACCUGGACCUGAAGGGUAAGCUGUUCAUCGGGGGUGUUGCCAAGGAACAGUACAAAGACCUGCCCAAGCUGGUCCUCGCCAAGGAGGGCUUUCAGGGCUGCCUGGCGUCGGUGGACUUGAACGGACUUCUCCCGGACCUGCUGUUGGACGCCCUGGACUGCGUGGGGCAGAUUGAGAGGGGCUGUGAAGUUGCAUUGAUGAAAGCUGACUUGCAAGGCCCCAGUACCACCUGUCAGGAGGACUCGUGUGCCAAUCAGGGCGUGUGUCUGCAGCAGUGGGAGGGCUUCAGCUGCGACUGUAGCAUGACGUCUUUCGGAGGGCCACUCUGCAACGACGCGGGAACGACGUACAUUUUCGGGCGCGACGGCGGGCUGAUCGUGUACACGUGGCCUCCGAACGACCGGCCGAGCACGCGGGCGGACCGGCUGGCCAUCGGGUUCAGCACGCAGCUGAAGGAGGCCGUGCUGGUGCGGGUGGACAGCUCCUCAGGCCUCGGGGACUACCUGGAGCUGCACAUCGAAAGGGGCAAUAUUGGAGUUGUAUUUAAUGUUGGAACAGAUGACAUUAAUAUUGAAGAAACGACAAAGUUUGUAAAUGAUGGAAAAUACCACAUAGUGCGGUUUACGCGGAGUGGUGGCAAUGCCACACUACAGGUGGAUGACCUGCCUGUCAUUGAGCGAUAUCCCACAGGCAACAAUGAUAACGAACGCCUGGCGAUUGCUAGACAGCGAAUCCCAUAUCGACUUGGUCGAGUAGUUGACGAAUGGCUACUCGACAAAGGACGGCAGCUUACUAUCUUCAACAGCCAAACCACCAUAAAAAUCGGGGGUAGGGACCGCAGCCGCCCCUUCCAGGGACAGCUGUCUGGCCUCUACUACAACGGCCUGAAGGUGUUCAACAUGGCGGUGGAGGGGGACCCCAACAUCCGGAUCGAGGGCAGCGUGCGACUGGUCGGGGAGUUGCCCAUCACGCCCCAGUCCAGUGUCACGGCCAACAACCGCUCCGAGACGUCCACCUCCAUCAUGGAGAUCACCACGACGACCGCCUCCAGUCGCCGGGGCAAGCAGCCUACUCCUCGUGAACCUCAGCAGACCACGGAUGACCUGUUGGUGGCGUCUGCGGAGUGUCCGACUGACGAUGAGGACAUAGAUCCCUGUGAGCCGAGCUCAGGUGGGUUAGCCAACCCCACGAGCCCGGGAACAAAGGGGUACCCGGGCACCUCAGAAGUGUUCCGGGAGUCCAGCAGCACCACGGGCAUGGUGGUGGGCAUCGUGGCGGCCGCCGCCCUCUGCAUCCUCAUCCUCCUCUACGCCAUGUACAAGUACCGCAACCGCGACGAGGGCUCCUACCACGUGGACGAGAGUCGCAACUACAUCAGCAACUCGGCCCAGUCCAACGGCACCGUGGUGAAGGAGAAGCCUGCCAACAGCGCCAAGAACUCAGGCAAGAACAAGAAGAACAAGGACAAGGAAUACUACGUGUGAUCCGCCUCCCUGCUCCCUCCCACCCAAAGCCCCCACCCCUCCCACC